UGGUAUCUGACGACGGUUCCUGUGUUGGUCGUAAAAGAAACUCGUCCAGUUUUUCCGACUGGAAACCUUGUACGGAUUUUUGUCAACAGCAUUAAGCGGUCUGUUUUCAUUGUAUUUAUAGAACCGAUCCUUUAUAGGACCCGAUAGGAUGGAUGAGUCGUUACUGAGUUGUCCGAUUUGCCUGGACAUUUUCCGGGACCCCGUCAACUUGCCGUGUGCCCACACGUACUGCCGCCCCUGUCUAAACGACCUCGCCAGCAGAAAAUGUCCCGACCCUCAAAGGUCCCCGUGGCAAAGUAACCUCACAGACCAGGAACGCUACCAGCAACAGAAGCGACGCGUAUUGGAGUGUCCCGAAUGUAGACAGGUUGGGGUCUUGGACGAGAAGGGCGUUGCAGGCUUACCGAAGAACUAUCUGAUUGCUACUAUCGUACAGAAGUUUGCGCCUGACCAGAAGUAUCCGGAACCGUUGGUGCCGUGUGACGCCUGUGAGUCGGUCCCGCCAAGGAACGCCGUCAGAUCGUGCACACAAUGUCAGACAUCAUAUUGCAAGUUUUGUUGCGAAGAACUUCAUCCCAGGCGAGGGGCGUUAGCAAAGCACGAGCUGUUCGACCCUAGGGAGAGGGACAUAGAUGAGCAUUUAUUCCCUACCAAAGUAUUAAAUGACCUAUUCUGUGAAAAGUGUCAGGUCGUUCUCCGAAGGGAGGCUGAGUUAGCUGUGGCCAGUCACAAGGGCAUGGGUCACACCCUGGUCGGCAUUAGACAAGCUGUUUCACAGCAGAUGACGAGUUUAAAAGCCAGUAUCUUGGAUAUGGAGGUGGUGAAACGGGAGUUGGCGAAGCAGGUCGGUGAUAAAGAGAGCGAGUUUCAAAUCACCAAGGAGGCUGAAGUCAGCAAGCUGCGGGAAAUAAACCGGGAAAUAGAGAGAAUCGGCAAAGUUAUACAAGACAGACAGACCAAACUUCGGGCGGAGACCAAGCUAGGUUUUACCGGAUACUUCAUAAAAACAGAGACAGAGCUGGAUAGAGCUAGACAGAAACUCGUACAGGCAACAGGGCUGAUAGGGGAGGGCCAGGCCCUGCUGGAGGUCAAUGGUCAUGGGACUCAGUCCGAACUUGUUACGAACAUGAUUGCACUGCAAAGAAGGAUGGAACAGACAAAAGAUAAGCUGGAAUUUACAUUCUCAGAAGACCAGAAAGUCAGCCAACUUCCGGCCACAGCGGACGCCGCCAUCCGCCGAAUCCAAAAUGCUCUGACAGAUACAACAGCGGGACAGAUAGAUGGUAUAAUUCGAGAUAGUAUGGGCGGAGGGGAUAUGUUGGAGGAGAAAGUACAGAUUCCGGUAGUGGGUCGGAGAUGGGGUGAGAACGGGGCCAGUGUCGUCCUGGAAUGGUCACACGGCGACGGCCGAGUGUUCGACAUCCAGCUUCAGUGUGACGUAGGCACGGAGCGAAGCACACGCGAAAUCUACGGUGUGUGCGACACGGGUGUGGUGGUGACUCGUCUGUGGCAUGAUACCACGUACCGCGUGUCCGUCUGGGUGCAAGGCAGGCCCGGGACAAAGGGCUUCGUCGACGUGACCACUCUCCCCGCCAUCACAAGUGACGUCGUAUUUGAUGCGAAGAAAGCCUCAAAAGAAAUUGUGGUAGACAGCGACGGAAUGCGGUUGCUUGGGAAGGGAGCCGGAAAUGACGUCAAGUUCCAGGAAUUAAACUGUCCGACUAUCGCCGGGACGUUCGGACUCCGCGAGCUGACGGGGGCAUACAACUACUGGGAACUGAAGGUCAAGUAUCGGAUGGGCCAUCUCUUAAAAACUGCCCAUGAAUGGGCUUUCGAUCUUGGUAUUUGUUGUGCACACAAAGUUGGCUAUGGUGAUGGCACCGGGCGCACGUACACCACACACACGUCAUACACGUGUAGAGCGGUAAAAUACGGCAAGAAGUUUGUGAGGUUAGAAUUCGGGGUUAACGGCAGGAUGAACCUAAUGCCAGCAAAGGACUUGGAAUGGUCUAAUGAUGACUUCUAUUUACAUUUCGGGUUUUUCCUGAAUCUGAAAACAAGGACAUUUUCAGUGUUGGACAGCGCAAACAACUGCAUUCUAUACACAUUCAAUGACAUCAAAGUCGCAAAAUCCUGCCUCCCCAUGUUUUCGGUGUCCAAAAAGAAGAAUACCAUACAGGAAAUGUCACUGGGAGUCAGGUCGCAGACGACUGUCCCUCAUGUGAUCUACGAAAAGUUGGUGUAAGGUCCGGGAUCCUAGUCCGCAUUGAAACACACGACGACUUGAAACAACACCGCUAUAUAAUUUUAGUUACCUUAUGGAUAGAAAGAGUCAUGCAUAUUAUAAGUACUUUUGUCGUACCAGAGAUAAUGUCAAAAUAAUGGUGAAUUGAGAUAGAGACUUGAAUAGAACUGAUCACACGUCUUAAGAAUUUGAAAGUAUUUUUAUUUUCUAAAAUACCGUUUUUUAUGAAGUUGUAGGCUUGGUUGGUUUCUGACUGGGACCUUGGUGUUGGUGUAUCAGGUUUUACUGAAAAGUAGUAGAAACCCUGUCAACAUCAGCCUGAUAAUCUCCUGGCUCCUGUGGUAAUGUACGGAACGUCCCUGUCAGCGAAUGGUGUGCCGAUAUAUAUCACAGCCGUGGUUUUAACAGCCGAUCAUCUCUGACUGUGACGGUUCCGCACAUCGCUACAUGAGCUGUGUGAUUAUGUUCCCCGUACCUCAAAAACGAAUGUGAAACGAAGCCGCCUACUGAUAAUUAAACUUUUCUAUUUAA